AUGAGUGCAUCCAAGGAUGACGUUCACAAAAACAGUUUCGCCAACUUCACUAGUUCCAUCGAGGUCGAGCCCGUGGAGUGUAAAUUGACGAAAGUUGGAGACGAAUAUUUUGGGAUUAUGAACGCGGGAGCAAGUUUUGAGUUCGGGUCAAUGAAGUGCCAACCCUGGUUGGGUCGGACAAGCAGCGAAGGAGUCUCAAUGCAGAAUCUAGGGGCAUUUCCUGACCCAGGUGUGGACGGUGGUCACAACUACUGUCGCAAUCCAAACCGGGAUCCCGACGGUCCAUGGUGCUACACUGGAGAAGCAACUGGCAAAGGAUUGCAAUAUUGCCAAUUCCCUCUCUGUUUUGAAGCAUAUGAACGUGCUGCUAUCGACGGUGACCCGGCGGUAGGAGAACCAGAAUGUCUGCAAACGGAAAUGGGGAAGGAAUAUGUGGGGACGGUGAGGAAGACAAAGACCGGGAAGUCCUGUCUCAGCUGGAGUUCCAUGAAUUCGUCUCUUGAAGUCUUCAGAGACGUCCUUGGCUUUGAUAAGAAAAUUGCUUAUGAUGAUCAUUUCCGAUUUGGGAAGGCUGCAUUACAUCAGCACUUCUGCAGGAACCCGACUUUGAAGGAGCGACCUUGGUGUUUCGUCAGUCCUUUGGGAGAAUGGGACUAUUGCGAAAUCUCCUCCUGCCCUUCCUACCCAAACAAGACGGAAUGCAGGUGGACAAAGGAGGGAGAGGAAUACGCGGGAACUCGCAAUAUGACGUCGUCCAUGAGACCAUGCCUGUCUUGGAGCGUCUCCAAAUUAUAUGAGCGUUAUUGGCCAAGAUUCCCAGAGGAUGUGGGGAAAAUCGAUCACAACUUCUGUCGCAAUCCAAAUGGGACAACGACGGCGCAUCUCAUCGGUCUCACAUUAGCUGCGAGUGGAGGACACAGGCAUGUCUUCUAUCUCACUAAUUCCAAGGAAGAAGCUUCCUCCAAACUAACUGAUUUGACGCCUCAUAGCUAG